AUGCUGUUGACAGUCGGCUUGUUUUACUCAUUAGUGGACGGUGUGCGUGAGGAGGAAAUGACCACUUGGACGGUCUUCAAAGAGAGUGAUAUACGAAAAACAAGUACCCACUACAAGCAUGAAGCUUUGAAAAAGGGAGGGCCAGGCGAAGUUGUGUCCGACGUUGCGAACAUUUCAGAAGUACCAGUGAAAUUGGAUUUACAUUCUGCAACAAUGUUUGACGAAUUUGGCGGAUUAUUGAAGAAGCUAGAAAAUACUUUCUAA